ACAUCAAAUGUGAAAUGUCAGAUUCGCCAAUUUUCAGAAAAAUCAAAAAUUAUGUCUUCAGUGCUUCAAUUCUAAUAUUUAGAAAUAUGUCACGAGAUAAAAGUGUGUGGUUUGCGGAGGAGAUUCUACUGGACGCCAAACUUAUAAAUUUCCAAUUAGAGACCGGAGAAUGGGAUGCCGUGGAGGAGAUGCUGCGCGCAGAGGCGCAGCUUUCCCGAGACGCUGAGACCGGUAGAUUGCGGCCUAAAAAAGCAUCAGAAUAUACUUUACGUCUCAUAGCCGAAGUGCUACAUAUAAUGCGGCUGGACGUCGAACAAGCCUCUUACAAUCGCAGUACAUUAGCCGUAGCGGAGCAAUGCUUGCGUCUGGUUCGCUCCUGUGCUGCAGCGGGAACCAAAAUGCAGACAUACAUAUCUAAAGAACUGUCCAUACUAGACUCCAUGUUGAUUUUAGCUACAGAAUUCCAGCAUCCAAGCGUCGAUAUAAUAAACGAAGAACUACAGAAGAAAUACGAAUCGUGCAUGACAAUACUGAUACAAACAUUAGGAAAUUUAGUAGUUAACAAUCCUUUCAAUCAGAUAAUGAUCUGGAACAAAUUUGAUACAAUAAUCCUUAAUUCAUUAAUCGGACAAAAUGAAAAGAUUGCUACAGCCGCGGCUAUGAUUAUCUACAACAUAUUAUUAGGUCAGCCGAACGUUUUGCCAGACGAUGUUGCACUUCUAAACUCUCUAGCUUACAUGUAUAUCAAUGGUAACUCAGAAUACCCUCAUUUGAUUAUUGAAUAUCUAAUCGGCGUUGAGAAUACAUAUAUAGAGAAGUUAUAUUCAAAAUUGGACCCUGAUUGCCGUAUGCUGGUAUUAAAUUUGGCAUAUAACAUAUUAAUGUCUACAGAAACACAGGACAUAAAUGUAUCAGUCAAUUUUGUUAAGUUCAUGGCACAUGAGUUCAAAAGUAAAUCAGACUGUAUAUUGAAGACUGUUGAUAAGUAUGUAAAUACUAUAGAACCACAAGAAGUAGUGUUCCUGUUGGAAAUCAUAGCAACAGCAUCUAGUAUGGAUGCCUAUAUGGACUGCUUGCAAAGUGAUACGUCUUUGUUUAUUAAUUGUGCUUUUCUCUUGCGUGCAAUACACAAGCUGGGCAAGGAAAGCAACAACUUUUUCUCAUCUAUCAACAAGUUGUAUGCAGCCACGGGCAAACAACUGGUCAAUGAUGAAGACAUGCCAGCAGUUAACAUUCCACCUGAACAUCCACUCUGCAAAAACGACUCAGCCGAUAACAUGCUCUCAUGCAACGAAACAACAUCCGAAUGCACUGAAUCAGAGAGCAGUGAGCAAUACUUUGAAUGCAACGACAACCCACCAUACAUCGACAAGCUAGACAACUUUAACCCGUUAGAAAACAUGCCUUUAAAAUUUGACAUGCACGACAAAAACAUAAGAAGCUCCUCGGAAGGGACUUCCAACACUAAAGUGGACAGUGACUUAACCAAAGUUGCCUUCAAAAGGAGCAGCUCGGUUCCCAAAGGUGAUGAUCGUGUUCAGUUACCGACAAGAAGGAUCAGUCUUGAACAUAAGAUUGAUAUUGGUGAUGAUAAUGAGCCUCCGUUGAUAAUUGAUGCUCAGUCACCGACGGGCAGUAUGAAUACCAUAGCGGAGGUUAUUCCUGUGGGGCUACAGCCUAGACUUGAAUUACAGGAAACCAGCAGAACAGAUUCUCAGGAUUCUUCACCAAACGAUCCCCCAACAGAAAUCCAUGUACCCAAAGCUGAAACCAAAGAAGUUAAAGCAUCGCCAAGCGAAAUAUCGCCCCCUCUAGCGGAACUGCAACAAGAAACAGAGUCGCAAAAACAAUCCCCAGACACUCCCAAAGAGGUCAAAAAAAGUCAAAACCUAUCAACAGAUUUCGAUUUGAGCGAACAGUUGCAGAAAAUAUUAGGAAUUUCGUCUGAAAAGGCAAGAGUUGAUAGUAAUGUCGAGAAGAAAGCUGAGCCGGUUAAAGAAGUAAAGAUAUCAGAGGAAAAUAUUGCUAACAAAGUGCCUUUGGUGAAGAUUGAUUCGCCGGAAAGUCAAAAAUCAAGAUUAGGAGCGAUAGACAUGACGACGCCCAAGAAAACUGUGACGAGUGUGGAGACAGUGGAGAGGCACGUAGCCUUCGGGUUCAAGGCGUCCCUCGUCAGGACUCUCGCUAACCUGUGCUGGAAGAACCAGGAGAACAAGAGACAGAUGCGAGAGCUGGAGGUUAUCCCGGUACUGCUCGACUGUUGCAACAUCGAUGCGCGCAAUCCUUUAAUAAUGCAAUGGGUAAUCUUCGCUGUAAGAAAUCUCUGUGAAAACUGUCCUGAAAACCAGGAGGUAAUCUCCAAAAUGACUCUCCAAGGGCCCAUAGACAAUGAAUUAUUACAGGAAAUGGGUCUCACACUAAACACGGAUACACAGGGAAACUCUAUCAGAGUGGUGCCUUUGCCAAGAAAUUAAAAAAAAUUGUAGACCCAGUAUAGUAUUAGCUGUAAUAAUUAAAAUGUGAUAUACAAUUAUCAGAUAAGUGUCAAAAUAAUCUGUAAAAAAUCAAUUACUACAGAGAGGUAGUAACUAAAUAAUACUAUAGUUGCAGAUUUGUGACUGCAGUUAUAACCUAUGAUACAGUUAAAUCACAUUAUAGAGAGAGCCCGCGAAGGCCCUUCGUUAUUUUAUAUAAAAGCUGAAAGUUUCUCUGCGUAUUGUCUCAACGCUCAGUGACUAUGAAGUUUGGAUCAUGGUUGACGGAUUUUUAUGCUGCCAAAGCCACCAUGAUCUAAACUUCAUAAUGAAAGAGUAUGUAAUCACUAUGUUCAUAAUCGCUGAUCGUUCCUCCCUUUGUUGGAGACAAUGCGCAGGACUUUCAGAUAUUAUAAAAUAACGAAGGUCUAGCCCUCGCGGGCUCUUGUCCAUUAGUGUAAUAUUCAGUCGGCGUUUAUAUCAUGAUAAAUAAUUAUCUUGUAUGAUUCAGGAUUAUAUUAUAAUAAAGGUACAAUAAAAGCAAUGUAAACUCGCAA